AUGGGCGCGAUCAAGAGAGUAGCAGUCAUCGGCGCGGGGCCGGCGGGGGCUAUCACCAUCGACGCCUUGGCUCAAGAGAAGGCUUUCGACGUCAUUCGUGUGUUUGAGCGCCGGGAAGCCGCUGGCGGUUGCUGGGUCGGCGAUCAAUCUCCCCCGCCUCACCUUUCCGACUUCCCCUCCCUCGCCGACCGCACUGCCGACAGACCGCUCCCGAUCCCGGACACCCUCCCGGCACAGACUCCGCGGAACCCCGCUCCGCGCUUCACCGAGUCCGGCAUCUACCCUUAUCUGGAGACCAAUGUCGACGCCAUUCCCAUGUCCUUCACGGACGGCGCCAUCCCCGAAGAGCGCACCGCAAACUCGAUCGCGUUGCACGGCGCUACGACUCCGUUCCGCCACUGGACCGUCAUCCGGGAUUACAUCCAAGGCCUCGUGAACCGGAACGGCUAUGAGAAACUCGUAUCUUACAACACCACCGUCGAACUCGCCGAAAAGGUCGGCGAUGAGUGGAAGCUUACGCUACGAAAAGAGGGCGCUGAGAAGGAUGAGUGGUGGUCGGAAACCUUUGACGCAGUAGUCGUCGCGACUGGCCACUACUGGGUCCCCUACGUCCCUGGGAUCGAAGGCCUCGAGGAGUUCGAAAGAGCUCGUCCCGGCAGUGUAAUCCACAGCAAACACUUCCGCGGAAGGGAGGACUUCCGUGACAAGCGAGUCGUUGUCGUCGGCGCGUCCGUCUCCGGAGCCGAUAUUUCAGUCGACCUUGUCAACACCGCAAAACUCCCAAUCUACUCCGUCGUAAACGGCCGAAAAGCAAACCUCUACUUCGGCGACGGCGCCUUCCACCACCCCAAGAUCUCCCGCCAGGCGACCAUCUCCCGCAUCGAGGGCCGAACGGUCCACUUCGUCGACGGCGCGUCCGUCUCAGACGUCGACAACUUCAUCUUCUCGACCGGAUUCACCUGGACGCUCCCCUUCCUGCCCUCCGUCAAAGUGCAGAACAACCGACCGGCGGGCCUGUACCAGCACGUCGUGUACCACCAGGACCCGUCGCUGCUGUUCAUCGGGGCGGUGGCGGCAGGUCUAACGUUCAAGAUCUUUGAGUGGCAGGCCGUCCUCGCGGCGCGCGUUCUCUCGGGCAGGGCGAAGCUGCCGCCUGCGGAGGAGCAGGCGAAGUGGGAGGCCGAUCGAGUCGCGGAAAAGGGAGAUAAGUUCCCGCUCGUGCAUCCGCACUUUGAGGAAUACUUCGAGACCGUUCGCGCUCUUGCCGGCGAGCCGGAGAAUGGCGUGGGGAGACGGCUGCCGCCGUUUGACCCCUCGUGGUUCCAAGUGUUUCUUGACGGGUUGGAGUUGAGGAAGAAGAUGUGGGUGAGACUGAACGCCGAGGCUCAGGCGAAAUUGGCCAAGGAUGAGCUGCAGGCGGCUGGGUUGGGACUUCAGGCCGAGACGACGACAAGCGGGUUGAAGACUGAGAAGGCUCCUAUUGUAACUGCAGUAGAAGCACCUCGAGCUGUUGCAUAG